AUGGACCCUAGUUUUCAUACUUUGUUUAUUGUGAACAGACAAUAUGCAUUAAUUUUCGAAUGCUCAUGUAGUUUAAAACUCAAAGAUAAACAAGAACGAUUAACAACCCAAUCUCUGGCAUAUGGCUCACUCGAUCUCAUUACGGACAUGUUUUGGCAGAAGGAAACUAAUUAUCUAGGAGUUGUCGAUCGGUUUUGCCAGUUUGUAGUAUCUGCAUUCGUAGCUUACAGUGGAGUGAUGUUUCUUCUUGUCCAUUAUGACAGGCCUGAUGAUUGGAGCAAAUCCUUUCUUACUGAUGUUUUUGAACUCUACUCACGUGUUUCUCUGAACCCAUUUUUCGAUUUUGAAGAUUAUAUUCAUUCCAAGGACUUUAUGGAAAACAUGAAACAACUUUGCAGAAAACACUGUGGACCAUAA